AUGCCAACCCCGAGUAACUCGAUCGCCGCGAUCGCCGCCCGCACGACAUGUCCACCGGAGCCCGACAGGAUGCCGACCUGGCAAGAUUCUCCGGACGCUGAAUCAAAUAGCGACCUUGAUCGUCUCUCGCCUGGAAUUGCAAUUGCACCCUCUGUGUUAAGUCGAUCUGAUGAUGGCAGCACUCCUGAACCGUUGAAGGUGGAGGGAAAGUUGGCCGGCGUUGAGGAAGAUGAGUCCGUUCGGGCUGCCUCUCCUACUGAGUCAACCUGCACUCGCAGCCAUUCACCUGCAACCCCCCCAGGAUCUUCACUCCUAAAUUGGGAAUUCUCCAACGUUCGCCUUCUGCCGAACCACACCUCAUUUCUCCGUUCGGGCAGCAAAUUCGCCGGAACCCAGCAAUCGGACCGCCAAGUCUAUAAUGUCGAUGUUGAAAUCAAGCAUGUGGAUAUGGCCGAGUCCUAUCUCUGUGGCUAUCUUCGAAUCCAAGGCCUCACAGAAGAUCAUCCUACCUUGACUACCUUUUUUGAAGGAGAAAUUAUCGGUACCAAACAUACCUUUCAGACUCGCAAUGAGGAAUGGGGUGCAUCGGAAAAGACAGACCUCCAUCAUUGGUCGCGAUUUCCUGCCUGGCGUCCACUGGCUAAGCAGGCCAAAAGACCGGAUUUUACAUACCGCAACUUUGCCCAGCGAGAGCAUAUAUUUAUGAGGUGGAAGGAAUCUUUCCUUGUCCCCGACCACCGAGUGCGGACGAUCUCAGGCGCCAGCUUCGAAGGCUUCUAUUAUAUCUGCUUCAACCAAGUCGAGGGAACCGUGAGCGGCGUCUACUUUCAUGCGAAGAGCGAGCGAUUCCAACAACUCGAACUUAAGCAUGUCGAAGAUCGUGGAUGUGCACCAGCAGUCGAGUUCCGCUAA